AUGACAAACUUCGAUGACAAUCUCGAUUUAUCUUCAUCAACCUUACUCUGUCGAAUUCAAUAUCUCGAUGAUACUGAUCCGUUUUCAAGUGUCAAUUUACCUGAACCAGCCCGACCUCCAUCGUUCGUUUUUCUAACAUCGACGAUUUUAAGUAAUCAAUUACAUAGUGUACACAAAGCUCUCAAUGCUCCACAUGAUAUUACGGAUUGUACACUGGAAUUGUAUCGACAAGACGGCACGAAAACGGAAUUUGGACCUUAUUUGGAUCUAGAUCAAACAUUGAACGAGCAACGAGAGGAAAUCGAAACGUUUACGGAAGGAUAUAAAUGGUCAAUUGUUCUUCGUACUCAACUCAACGUUCGAGUUCAUGCUUGUAUAGAUAAAUUAUUGAAUUCGAACGGGCGUGAAUUACGACGAUCGCUGUUUUCAUUGAAGCAAAUAUUCCAAGAUGAUAAAGAUUUGGUUCAUGAAUUUGUAAAUAAUCAAGGUUUACAAUGUUUGAUCAAAAUCGGUGGAGCAGCGGAUCAGAAUUAUCAAAACUAUAUAUUACGUGCACUUGGUCAAUUGAUGUUAUAUAUUGAUGGAAUGAAUGCCGUGAUAGAACAAAACGAAGUUGUUCAGUGGCUUUAUUCAUUAGUGGAUUCCAGUUUUCGACUUGUUGUGAAAACGAGCUUAAAACUUUUGAUUAUUUUCGCUGAAUACACCGAAUCCAAUGCUUUACUAAUCUUAUCUGCUGUCGCUGAAGUCGAUCGUUCGGCGAAACGGUCUCUAUGGUCAAAUGCGAUGGGAAUAAUGAAUGAACUAGAGAAUGCCUCAACAGAAGUCGUUCUAUUGAUUGUCACAUUAUUCAAUACAGUUCUGUCAGCUAUACCUGAUCAGGACACAUUCUACGACAUGACAGACGCUUUGGAGCAACAAGGCAUGCAGCGAUGUACACAAUUUUUCCUGAAUCGGAAACCUAUUGAAGAAGAUCUAAUCGAACAAUUUCAUAUCUAUGACGCCGCUCUUCGACGUGAAGACGAUGAAGCAUUUACUCAACCAACGAGACGUGCUCCUCGUAAGAAAUCUGUAUUCGAUCGAACAUCAUCUCGCCGAUAUUCAUCAGUCGAUUCCAAUGGUCAACAAGUGAUUAAUCCAAAUGAUUUAGAUUUAACCGAUUCAAUAUUGCGACAACAUAAUGAUGUGAUCAAUUUAUUGAAUGGACAAGAUGAUUCAACCGUAUCGUUUAAUGAUGAUAUAGAUGAUGAUGACUAUGAUGAUGAUGAUAGUGAUGAGCAAAAAGCACGAGCGAAAAGUGCUGUCGAUAAUAGACAAAGUAUGCGACGAAGUUCAUCAAACACGUUUCAACCAAUAUCAACCUUUCUCAAAAAAGAUCCAGAUGUACCGAAACCUACAGCGGAUUGUAUUACUUUUCGGCGAAGACAAAAUUAUUGGGAAUCAGAAAUUAUCCAGCGAGAAGUGCCACGAACAUCGACCAAUGAACGCACUCGAGAUCGCUGGGGACUUUCGAAUGAUCGGCAAAGUCCAGCGAUGGACUCGCACCGGUCAUCAGUAACUUCACCUCUUAAAACAUCACUGACGAUCAAUAAUAAUCAUACUGUUCCGUCCAGCCGUUUUACACGUCGUUCGAACAAUUCCGAGCCCGAAUCACCACCAUCACCAAAUCGUCCGACUGAAGUACAAGUCUUCUCUCGCGCUCCAUUUCACCUUCAACGUAGUCCAAAUAGUAAUAAUACAAUUGAAGCUCUAACACGCCAAAUUAAUAUGCAUACAAUGGGUGGAAAUGAUGUUUCGCUAGUGAAUGCAACAAUAAAAGAGACAAAACUCAUACAAUCACCUGAACUUAUCGGUGCAGUCACACGUGCUAAAGAUGGAUUACAAGCAGCAACAACAAAGUCGCCACCAUUGUCAAGCGUGCAUUUUUCCGUACCUAUUCAAUCACCUGAUGCGCUCGUACCGAAACCAUUCUCAGACAAUGAUCUCCAAUGGGAGUACGUUAAUGGAAAAGUAUUGGAUCGCAAAUUAUGUGUACAAGAUCUUAAUUUCGAAGAUCUGGACGAACAAGAUGAUGCAAAUAUCUUAACUAUAACUAUUGCUCGUCCAGGCCCGCCACCGCCACCACCUCCAAUGUCAUCCAUGAUGACGAAUGGCAGCAGUUUUCCUCCUCCGCCUCCUUUACCACCUCCAAUGACGAAUGGCAGUAGUUUUCCACCACCCCCUCCGCCUCCACCGCCAUCAUUGUUUGCAGCACGGAAUAGUGGACCUUCACAAUCGUAUAUGAGUAAUGGUAAUUUCGACGGAGAUUCGUCGAUUUCACGAGCAUCGUCAAUCAAUAAACCACUGAAAACCAUACGUUUGCACUGGCGUGAAACAGCUCCUAAUGCUAUACAAGAUGCACUGAAUGGCGAAGAGUCUCUUUGGACAUCGUUGAACAAAGUGAAAGUCGAUACUGAGCGAUUAUCACAACUAUUCGAAUUGAAACAUGCUGAUGUGAAAAUAAAGAAGAAUGUCGAUGCAAAGAGAGAAAUUACCGUGCUUGACCCCAAACGUUCAAAUGCAAUCAAUAUCGGCUUGACAGUUCUACCGACAGCUCGAACGAUUAAAGGCGCAAUCUUAAAAAUGGAUAGCAGUGUCAUCAACAAAGAAGGCAUUGAAAAAUUAUUAACCAUGUUACCAACGGAAGAAGAAAAAAAUCGUAUCAUUGAAGCUCAAAUGGCUAAUAGUGAUCUUCCAUUAGGCAGUGCUGAACAAUUCUUAUUAACACUCGCUUCUGUUGUUGAGCUAGAAGCUCGUCUAAAACUGUGGUUAUUCAAACUCGAUUUUGAUAAUAUCGAAUUGGAAAUUGCUGAACCGUUAAUGGAUUUAAAGAAUGGAAUGAAAAAUUUGAAAGAGAAUACGACACUACGACAUAUACUUGAAGUUCUUCUUGCAAUCGGAAAUUUCCUCAAUGGCGCUGACUCGAUCGGCUUUCAACUUGAUUAUCUAGCGAAAGUACCUGAAGUAAAAGAUACUAUUCAAAAGCAUUCGUUGCUCUUCCACGUUUGUAAUCUUGUUGUGGAGAAGUAUCCUGAUACAACAGAUCUUUACUCGGAGAUAGGAGAAAUUACACGAUGCUCUAAAAUUGAUUUCGACGAGCUGGAAUUAAAAUUAACUAAACUUGAAAAUGAUUGUCGCGCGGCAUUUGACCAUCUCAAAGCGAUCAGUAAACAUGAAAUACCACAAAUCAAAACAAAAGUUGAUAUUAAACAUCAUGGGAAAAUCCAUAAUGUCACGUUGACGGAAUUUCUUAGCGAUUGCACCGAACGUGUGGCUUUGUUGAGAUUAAUACAUCGACGUGUUAUAAACCGUUUCAACAGAUUUCUCCUAUGGCUUGGCUAUUCUCGCAGUGCUAUUCAAGAAACGAAGAUUACACAAUUCUGCAAAAUUCUCAGUGAAUUUGCUCUGGAGUAUCGAACCACACGCGAACGUAUUUCCACACAGAAAUUGAAGAAACUAAAUCGCGGUGAGCGUAACAAAACACGAGGCAAAUUGAUCACCGAGAUACUCUCCGAAAAGAGCAGUCCGUUAAAAGAUGCACUGAUGAAUGGAUUUCGUACAGAAGAUGAACCUGGAUAUCGUCGUCGAUUGUCUAAGGACAAAAUUUAUUCGGUAUACAUUCCACAAGAUUGCGAUAUGAAACCGCAGGCACCUCCGGCCGCUGAAAGAAACUACAAACAACCUAUCGCUCCCAAAGUAGUUCAACCAAAUGUAUUCAGCGACCUUGCAGCUGUCGUUCGAAGUUCGUCAAAAGACGGUCAACUCAUGCCUGGCCAUCGCUUACGACAAAAAGCUUCUAGUAGUAAUAUACAAAAAGCUUCGGCGCCACCUUCAGCAACAUCAGUGCCGAAACAACCACCACCGCCACCGUCAAAUCCAAAUGAAAAUGAACCAUUUGAUGCUAGCGAUGAACUACUCGACAAUCUUGUGAAAAAUGCAGCCAUAACAUCAACGAAAGAUAUCAUCAGACAACGUCGAAUAGCUCGAUAUGCACAACGGCAAUCGUUACGUCGAACACUUCAAAUCAAUUUGAAUGAUGACGAACGUACUGAAAUAUUUGGUGCUGGAAAUAACUAA